AUGGCUACUCCUUACUUGCGACACAGGUUGAUCGCGCUCGGCCCUGUCGCCCAUUCUGGCGCUCGCCCCGUCUCUCCCUCCCUCAAUUUGUAUAGGAUCGACAACGACCCUGAUGCAACUGAUCUCCGUUACCAAGCCACCGCAGCACUGGCGACUGCAUGGGAUGUCUUCCCCUGGUACAACGCAACAUCGACAUCCUGGACGCCCACGCCGACUGGUUGCCCCGCGAUAUUCCUCCGGGCCAUUGCCGAUCAUGGCCGGAUUAACAACUUCUCCGGCGCGCCGUGGGCGCCGCCACCUCCACGCUGGUGCCCAUCGUGGGUACGGCUGGUCAAGACGCUAAUCGGUCCCGAGAGCAACAGCGCGACUGGAUGUCUGGCCAAGACCCCUACUACGAGCAAUAAAUCUACGCCGUCUGGUGCGGAGUUUAACUCGAUCCCUCAUUUUACUUUCGUGUUCCUGAGUCCGCUUGUAAAAGCGUCAUCUUUAAGCUCCGUGGUUACCGUACCACAGGGCCCAAGUCCAGUUGAUUAUCCACCGGUCAGCAAAAUGGAAAAGUCUUCCACAAAGCCUGCAGCAGGCUCCGCAGAACUGAAAAUUGAUUUAAUCUCGCCUGAUGUGGCUGCGAGCGGGUGGAUGCCGACGCUGUCCAAGAAGCCGAUUACACUUGAUGCUUCUAUCGGUGGUGGGAUCAAGGUCAAUGCUAAGGCUACAAUUGGUUGGACAUUGGAAGUGUUGGAUACUGGAUUGCAAAUCCGGAUUGGCCUCGAGCCCUGGGCUGGAGGGACUCUCACUGUGGCAUCGUCAUCGGGGGCGGCCUGCACAGAUGAUCCUCAGAAGCACCAUUUUGGCUGA